AUGCCGCCGAACCAACGCCAGUUUCAAUUCAGGGCGGCUUUGGUAUUCAACCCUAAUAUUGGUACUCUGAUUCCCAAUGCACCUGUCGAGUUCAGACAUGGCGUUGUACUUCCAUAUCAGGAUGUCCGCCCUCCUGUACAAGUCUUUCGACAAAUGCCUGAUGCUCAGGUUUACUCUCCGAGAGGAAGAACACCAAAAGCGUGA